UCCAGAGCGCGCCGAGCCGCCGCUCUCUCCGCCGGCGUCGGCGCUGCGGGGCAGGCGGCGGACGGGCGAGGGAGCACCGAGCGACCGGGGGCGAUGGGGGAGCGCCUGGGCAAGUCCCCCGCCUCCCUGGCGCUGCUCGGCCUCGCGUUGGCCGUGGGGGCCAGGUCGCUGCCUUUAUCGGACGCCGGCCCCCAUGUGAACUACGGCUGGGGGGAGCCCAUACGGCUGCGGCACCUCUACACCGCCAGCAAGCACGGGCUCUUCAGCUACUUCCUGCGGAUCGGCAGCGACGGCCGGGUGGACGGCGCCGGCAGCCAGAGCCCGCAGAGUCUGCUGGAGAUCCGCGCCGUGGCGGUGCGCACCGUGGCCAUCAAGGGCGUGCGGAGCUCCCGCUACCUCUGCAUGGACGCGGCGGGGCGGCUGCGCGGGCAGCUCAGGUAUUCUACUGAAGACUGUUCCUUUGAAGAGGAGAUACGCCCAGACGGCUACAACGUAUAUAAAUCAAAGAAACAUGGGAUCUCUGUGUCUUUGAGCAAUGCCAAGCAAAGACAGCAGUUCAAGGGAAAAGAUUUUCUUCCAUUAUCUCACUUUUUACCUAUGAUCAACACUGUGCCUGUGGAGUCAACAGACUUUGGUGAAUACGGUGAUUAUAGCCAGGCUUUCGAAUCAGAUAUGUACUCCUCGCCUCUUGAAACCGACAGCAUGGAUCCCUUUGGAAUCACCUCCAAACUGUCUCCAGUGAAAAGCCCAAGCUUUCAGAAAUGACUCCAAUUACAAACAUGGUGUAAAAGAAAUAUUGCAGAAUACUACAGGUUUUUAGCUUUUCAUGUACUAGUAUUUUGAACAUUUUUUUGUAUUUAAGUAUGGAGCCAGCCUUUCCUUACAAUGUGUUAUACCUGGAAGAUAUGAUUGCUCAGAGGCUAUAUUCUAGAGAGUUGCCUCCCUAUCCAUACUUUAUCUGGGGGGAAAAAUAAAUUAAAUAUGAAAAACCAGUCCACCAAAGUUACCCCAUUACAGUGGUGAUGAGAGUUAUUAUAAAUUUUCCAUAUCAAGUUCAUUACCACGUAUGUUCACCUGUUACUUUUGCUCAUAGGAGCAAAUGUAGCAAAUGUUUUUCAUUCACAGGGAGGUUAAUGAUCUUUUAGGUUCAUAGGCCUUAAACACAAACAUCUGGAACAAAACAGGAUUAAGGAAGACCGAGCAAAUGUGGUUAUGUGAACUAGGGUAAAUGCUGUCCCUUGAAAAGCUGCUGACAACGUUCUGGGAAAACUUUCUACUGAAAGCAUACUAUCGAAAAACAUUCUGCUUGUAUAUUGUUUCUUUUUCCCUUAAGACAUAAGGGAAGAAAAGGAAAUAUUUCUUCCUUCCGUUAUUUCUAUGGGGUAAUUUGGAAAACUGGAUCUUUGAUUUCCUUUGUAGGCUAAUUUAUGUUUACUGUGGGGUCUGCAUCAUCCAAUAUAGACUCCUCAUUAACAUUAGUGAGAAUUCUAUAUAUGGGUAAAAGUAUAUACAGGACCCAGUAUUUAUGUUCAUCAGGUAGGGAAUGAGCAGUACCAACAAAUUAGUUUUCAGUAACAGAAGUUCUGUUGUAUAUAAGUAUAUAUGUCUUUAGCAAAUGGAGACAAAGACUGAAAGUUGAUGAUGUAUAGGUCAAAUCAAUUGCAUAAUAAGUUUUCAUGUCUUACCUUCAAA